CAUCAAAACAAUGCCGUCGCGAUACUUUCCCAACAAGUUCCCUGACUUCGACGCCUCCGUCCCGGUGCAGGUGAAUGUGAAUCGCGUGUGCGGACUCGUGGACGAAUAUGUGGGGGUGAUUCUGGCCAACACCAACAACCCCAACCAUGAUCUCCGCGGAGAUUUGUACGUGGGCAAUGCCGGAAUCGCUUACAUGUUCUACCGCAUUCACAAGUCUCCGGUGCUGCGAGACAAGUUUCCCGGCGCCCUGGCCCAUGCCCAGAAGUACAUAGAGAGAGCCCGCGGAAACGCUCGCCAUUUCGCCAAGAGAUCUGACGAGAGGUGCGCAUUUCUCUGCGGCAAUGCCGGCAUCUACGCAGUCUCAGCAGUCAUUUCACAGGAACUGGGCGACCAGGGUCAAUGUCAGAAAGAUCUGGAGUGCUUCUCGGCCGGCUUUGGGGCGUGCAAGCCCAUCAACUUCAACAAGUACGGCUCCGAUGAAGUGCUAGUGGGCAGAGCGGGCUUCCUGAGCGGUGUCUACUGGCUGCAGAGGACUCUUCCGCAGUCUCCCUUCACGGCAGACCAAAUCCUCGAGAUAUGCGAGUCAAUGGUGCAGAGCGGAGUGCAGUACAGCCACCGGAAACGUUCCCUCCUGCCCUUGAUGUAUGAGUACCAUGACAGCGAGUACCUGGGCGCAGCCCACGGGGUCUGUGCCAUCUACCACAUGCUCCUGAACUCGCCAUGGUUCGCUGACGGAUCUCCCAAGCAUCUGGACCUGAUUAAGGGCUCAAUUGAUGGAUUCCUGGCUCUACAAGACGCCGAAGGAAACUUUCCCAUCACCAUGGACAGCACCAGAGAGAAACGCCUGGUUCACUGGUGUCACGGUGCGCCCGGAGCUGUCUAUCUACUGGCCAAAGCCUACCUUGUCUUUCGCGAUGAGAAAUACUUGAAUUCCCUCAAGCUGGCGGCUGAUUUGGUGUGGAAGAAGGGACUUCUUCUCAAGGGUCCUGGCAUUUGCCACGGAGUUGCUGGCAAUGCGUACGUCUUUCUGCUGCUGCACCAAAUCACCAAGAAUCCCCUGUACCUCUAUCGCGCCAGCAAAUUCAUGGAUUUCCUCUGCGAUCCGGAGUUCAGGAUAAAAGCUCGCAUUCCUGAUCGUCCCUUCAGUCUCUACGAAGGUGUGGCGGGCACUGUUUGCUUCCUGGCGGAUCUCCUAGAGCCGGAAAAGGCGGCAUUUCCCUUCAUGGAAGUUUAUUGAGCAAAAAUACUGCAUUUCUCCAAUGUCUUUUGUAACUCUUUCUCACCCACACUUGAUCCCGAUACCCAAUUGUGUGAAAAACACAUUGAAAUUCUCUUCCCAUGAAAUUCAAUAAAAUAAAAUGUUGCAAAAUGUAA